UGUGGCGAUCACAGCCUUGCGUGCAGAUCCUUUGACCCUGCAGCGCAGAUCGUGAACGGUGCGGGAAGAAACCAACAAUGCAAACAAGGGUACAGCUAAGCGAGGCUACGUCAUGUUUGAUCUGUUUGCAACCCCGCAACUCACAUUUGUUUAGCAACCGCGUUUGCGAGAUCCAACAGCAUUGCAGGCGCACGCUUUUGCUCUUCCCCUCAUGGUGCAUUUGUUGUGUGGCAAAACUACCUUCGCUUUGUUUCCAUCGAACUAAACGCGUGUGGAUCGCAAUACAGGACACCGUGUUCUCUGACAGCUGCUGAAGCACUGCUUUGCGCAUCGCGAAUCGCGACCUGACUUUCACUCCAAGUUUGUUCGCGAACCACUGCACCGCCACCAUACAAAGGUCGAAGUCACCUUCAUUAGCGUUUCACACGCUGUCUUCUACGAACAGUACUCUACCCCUCACAGAUCUUUACACCAGGCCGCACCGCCUACUUCUGCCAUCAUGGCGGACGCUGAGCCAACACUCGUCGCCCAAAUCUUCGAACGCCUUGCUUAUGAGUUUGCAGAGGCGCGGCCCAUGCUGCCAACCUAUCUGCAUCUGAUCGCCUCCGCCCUCUUCCCUAUCUAUACCGGCGCGCACGCCUCGCUCUCCCGCCCAUCCACCGCCGCGAAACCCUCGAAGAAGAAGGAUCGUAAAGCCCUGCUUCGCAAGGGAUCGGAUACUGAUGACGAUGCCGAAUCGAGCGAUGAUGACGAAGAGGAAGAGGAGCAGCAUAACAUGGAGGGGUUAUCCCCCAAAGACGCCCUUCUCAUGCCACUCUUCGCAGGCAUCGCACUUUCGGGGCUGUACUUCCUCCUGAAAUGGAUGAACGAUCCGAAGCUGUUGAACAGAAUCCUCAAUGCUUACUUCGCCAUCUUCGGCGUCUUCUCCGUCUCAAAGCUCGUCACGGACGUUCUGGAUAUCGGCCACUCGAUCAUCUUCCCACGACGACAUGUCAUUAAUGGCACAUUGUACCAUAUCAACAGCAAAGAAGAGAAGGCUGUACCAGUUGCGGGCGAUACCAAGGGCAAGAAGGUGCUCAGCACACCUCUACCCGGUUUCUUGGCAAGGACGCCUUUGAAUGACAGUCUGCGAAAGGUUGUAUGGAACGAUCGGGCCAUGCCAGCAAACAAGUGGUCAUUGAAGCUGUAUUUAUACCGCGCACUCGCUGCCAAAUUUAAAGUUGGAGCGCACGAUAUCGUGGGUGCACUGACCGGACUGUGUGUUGUGGCAUACUUUAACUUUGUGGACAAGCCGUGGUACCUUACCAAUCUCCUUGGAUUUGGCUUCUCCUACGGCGCACUACAGCUCAUGAGCCCAACUACGUUCGCCACAGGAAGUCUCAUUCUCGGAGCGCUGUUCUUCUACGACAUCUACUUCGUCUUUUACACACCUAUGAUGGUGACCGUAGCUAAGUCCCUUGACGUCCCCAUCAAGCUCAUGUUCCCUCGUCCUGGCGACCCGAACCAUCCCAACUCAGCUCCGUCUCACGCCAUGCUCGGCCUGGGUGAUGUGGUCUUACCAGGUAUCGUCAUUGGCCUUGCACUUCGCUUCGAUUUGUACCUAUUUUAUCUUCGACGCCAGAGACACACAUCCGCAACGUUAGCAGCAGAAUCUGAGAUCACCCAAAAGGCAGAGUACUUUCCACUCGCCGGACGCUGGAGCGAUCAUUUCUGGACUCACUCCUUGAUUGGACAACCGCUUUGGGUAAAAGAUGACAAGAGGCCUGAAGCGCCUUUCACGUUCCCCAAAACUUACUUCAAGGCUGGUUUGGCAGGGUAUGUGCUCGGUUUGCUUGCUACACUGGGCGUCAUGAUGAUCUGGGACCACGCUCAGCCUGCGCUUCUUUAUCUUGUUCCCGGCGUUCUGGGUAGCCUCUGGCUUACUGCAGUGGCUAGAGGCGAAUUGAGCUUGAUGUGGAACUACACAGAAGCUAUUGACGAAGAAGAAAAGUCUGGCGAGUCUGGGAAGGAUGACACUACCACCAACAAUAUCAGUACUGAGGAGAAGAAGCGUGUCACUCGGUCGGAAAGCAAAGCUGCGAUGACUGCUUCUGGAGACAGUGAGGGUGAUAUCGAGGUCACCCAUCGACGCCGAAGCAGGCGCAGCAGACCAGAGCGCGAGGUCUUUUCUUUCGUCAUUGAGGCGCCAUCGACAGUGGAAAAGAGCAAGGCAAACAAAAAGCAUGCUCGUCCUUCUACAGCUGGCGGGGCCACCACGGAAGCAAAGGGCACCAAAUUUGGUCAGAGUACAGCUGUGAAUGUAAGUGCUGAGCCGGCAGGAAAGAGGCAGAAGUUGCGGUGAGCCCAGAACGGCGUGGAACUUGUUACUUUGCAUGUGCUGCAUAGCGACGGCGUUUAAUGCAUUUCUGGCGUACUUUCCGUCAUAAAUACUGGUACGUAUGGUACCAUUGAAGUUCCCAUGCUCUCUGUAGUAUGUACUGAAGUGCCAUUCUUUGACAUGCAUGGAUUUAUGUACAAAUGCUCGAGACGACCAUCACAUCCAUGGCUCCUCAUCAAACAUUUGCCAUAUAUUCGCUUCCCACAUGAUUCUAAUCAGUCUCAUCUCGCUGGGUCUGAUUUGAUCGCGCAGUCUUACGAAUGAAAUACG